UAGAAGUUAACCAAAAAAUAAAUAAAUUUAAAGAUAGAAAGUCCAAACCCUCCCUCUCUCCCUCCCCGCUAUAUCAAUACUCGUUUCGUUUCAUAGCCUAAAACAUUUUUCAUCUCGCUCAGCAAAAAUCUACUUCACCGAGCUACCCCCACUUCACAAAUCAUCUACUAUAUAUAUUAAUAGAUUACUUUCAGAGACAUACUAUCAAGUUAUCUUUUCUCUCUGCACCGUUGUCUACAGGGAAGUAGCGUUCAAGAUGAGUUACAACAACGAUCCGUACAUAGAUGAGGAAGGAGAGGCGUUGGUAGACUUUGAUGAGGAUGUCCGAUCUGAUCAUGAGCAACAGGAACACUUCCUUGGCGACAAUCUGGACGAUGACGAUGCAUGGAAUCAGAGACAGCGAGAACGGUCACCUACCCCAGUGUAUGAUGAUCCUAACAAAUCUAAGCCCAGGAAGCGGUUGAUUAAGAAAACUUCGGCUAGAGAGAGCACACCGGAUAUUGGGAUAGGGGAUGAGGAUGCUUAUGGCGGUGCUGCUGAUGAUGACAUGGCCGGCAUUGUGCGUGAUGAGUCGGACGACGGUGGUGGGAAGAGGAAGAGAUUUGGUAUGGAGUUUAGUGAAGAGAAAAGGAAGGAGAAGAAGAGGAGAGACAAAGGCGAGAAGAAGUUUAAGUUGAGAAAAAAUGGGGGUUAUGCUGGAGGAAGCAGGUUGAAGGACCAGGAGGGUGAUCAGGAGAUGAAGGAGAUGUGGGAUACCAUUGCUGGUGGUGACUCUGAGGAUGACCAAGAAGGUCCGAAGACAUUGGAUGAUGAUAACUUCAUUGAUGAUAGUGGUGUGGAUCCAGCUGACAGGUAUGGAAGUGACAAUGAACCACGGUCUCCCAGCAGUGCUCCACAGGCUGAAGAAGGGGAAGAGGAUGAUGAAAUCAAGAAGCUCUUCAAGGGAGGCAAGAAGAAAAAGAAAACUGAAAAGAGUGCAGCAGAAAUUGCAUUGCUAGUAGAGAAUGUUAUGGCUGAGCUUGAAGUUGUUGCUGAAGAGGAUGCGGAACUGAAUAGACAGUCUAAACCUGCUAUAAAUAAACUAAAAAAGCUUCCUCUUCUCAUAGACGUCCUAUCAAAGAAGCAACUUCAGCAAGAAUUUUUAGAUCAUGGAGUAUUGACUCUUUUGAGGACUUGGCUUGAGCCCCUUCCAGAUGGAAGCCUGCCCAAUAUAAACAUUCGUGCUGCAAUCCUAAAGAUCCUUACUGAUUAUCCAAUUGAUCUUGAGCAGUAUGAUAGAAGAGAGCAGUUGAAAAAGAGUGGUCUUGGAAAGGUUAUUAUGUUCCUCUCAAAGUCAGAUGAGGAGACUACAGCUAACAGGAAACUUGCUAAGGAUUUGGUUGACAAAUGGAGUCGACCAAUAUUCAACAAGAGUACAAGGUUUGAAGAUAUGAGAAACUUUGAAGAUGAGAGAGCUGCUCAAUUUAGGCGGCCUUCCAUGAAAAAACCCAUGAAUAAAGCUUCAGGAAUGGAAUCCAGAGAUGAUGACCUUGACUUGGCUGGAUUUUCACAGGGCCAAAAGUCUGGUCCGUCAUCUUCCAGGCAACUUACAUCAAGGCCUGAAGCAAUGUCAAUGGAUUUUCUGGUGCGUCCACAAUCUAAGAUUGAUCCUGAAGAAGUUAGGGCAAGGGCCAAAGCAAUGGUUCAAGACCAGCGCCGAAUGAAGAUGAAUAAGAAGCUGCAGCAGUUAAAAGCUCCAAAAAAGAAGAAACUCCAAGCUACGAAACUCAGCGUGGAGGGUCGUGGCAUGGUGAAGUACCUCUAGGCUCUAGUUAUUGUGCUCGCCCUUCUUAUCAGGGUAGAACAUCCUGUUGGCUCAGCUAUGCAACAGUUUUAUUGUGCUCGCCCUUCUUAUCAGGGUAGAACAUCCUGUUGGCUCAGCUAUGCAACAGUUUCAUGCGCUUGAAGAUGGGUGUUCUGUUAUUAGGAGGAUGUCAUCUUCCAUGUAAUAUGUCGGCAUGUCAGCCAAAUACCAAAUUUAGGUAAGGUGGCUGAUACCCCGUUAUAUUUCAUAUCUCAGGUUCAACAAAUAAGGUUCCAAGUCAUUGGUGUAAUGAAAGUCAUGGCUGUUGCUAUGAGUUAUGCAACUUGGUAUACAUUACUGCCGUUUGGGAUGUAUUAGGUUGUUUCCCUGUAUCUCUUUUGCCCAGGGGUUCUUCCCUUUCAUUUGCUUUUAUAGUAUUCCCCAGAAUAAUUACAAAUCUAUGACCUUUGCAUGAUGUA